ACAUGGGUAUGAUCUAGCCCAUCAUCUUAAAGAAAAGAAAUCGAUUUAGCAAAAGACACUUUAGUGUUUAAAUUUGAACUGUCGAGUGAUACAUUUUCACCAAAAAUUGAAUCGCACGAUUUUUUAUAUUAUUAUCCAGAGCUGUGAUUUUAUUGUGAUAUCACGAAGAAUAAGUUUCCUGAACUUUUUUUAUCUUGUUUAAUAUUUUUGAUGUGUAUAACUUUUUUUUAAUAAGCAAAAAUGAACGCCAAAUCUCAAGUUUUCGAAUUAGCAGUCGAAAGCCGACAGGCCAACGAGGCUGUAUUGAGUUUGUUCCAUACAAUUCUUUUUCAUAGAACCUUAGGUAAAUUUUCUUACAGCGCUAACGAGAGUUUCGCUAUAGGAACUGUUGGUUAUACAGAUGUAGAUUGUGAAGACAUCGACUUAACUUACGUUUGCUGCGAUUCUCCGAGCUUGGAUAAAGUUCUAAGGAGGGAAGUGAAGUCAUUCUCGGAACAACUGCAAAGAAAUCAGGCGAAUAGAGUAGGUCAGAUCAGCUUGGAGUUUUUCCAGAAAAGACCCGGCAGAUGGAUGUUUCCGGCGGAAUGUAUACCUUGGGAGGUUUGGACGGUAUAUCUGGAGUUGAUACCGCUGAAUACUGUGGAACAGCAGCAAAUGUUGAGGGAGAAAGUUGGUGAAGUACUUGCUGAAAAAAUUUUUCACAUUACAGAAGUUAUGAACAGACAAAAUGAAUAUUUGCCAAAAAUGCCCAAUAUGACCGAGGUAGAUUUGAUUUUUGAUACCUCUUACCGGGAUGUACAGCCAUAUUUAUUCAAUUUGAAACAUUCAGUAUCUGGCCCGUCCAGCGGCAUUACUGUCAAGUCCACUAUGAAGAAAUUAAUUAAAGAAUCAUUUUUAUAAUUGGCCGACUAAAAAUGGACUGCAGGGUGUUGUUAAAACACAGAGAAUUAAUGAGUGUUUUCCAAGUGCUAAAUUUCCUGUUGGAAAAUUUAAAUUAUCGAAUCGUCUUUCAAGUUAUUUCCAAUGGAGCAUAAGGAAUAAUUAAAUCUUAUAUUUAGUGUAGUUUUUUGCUUAAAUAGUCGGUAAUUAGUUUUUGUAUUGGUACACAGAACUUUUUAAUCUGUUAUGACACAAGAUGAAGUUAUAAUGAUUUCAGAUAACAUGAAGUUUCACUGGUGUAAACUGGUAUCAUAUAUUCAAGUGUUUUAUUUUUUUGCCACAGCGUGUCAAAAAUUCAAUCGUUAAGCCCAGAUCAACGAGCCCGAUAAACAAUUUUCAUUUUUGUUUUUCAUAAAAUCAUAACUUCUAAAAAUUUGCGAGAAAAUUUUUUUCAGAAAAUGAGUAAUAGUAAUUCCAAUGCUAGGAAUCGCAAGGUGAAAAGUGAAAUUUCGUAAGAAAUAAUCUAUCCGAAACAACUACAUACUUUUAAAUAUAUGAACAUUGAAUUACAGAAACCACUUUUCCUAUUCAGUUUUAUACGCCAACAGUAACAGCUAAUAUGAACAGAAACUGUAGACAAACAGAAACUGUAGAUAUAUGAAAGAGCACUGGCAUAAAAUUUCACUGUUUCAACGAACUCCCAACCUCCAGGUGUACUUCGAAAUUUCACGUGAAACUCAACUUCAACUCUUCAUUAGCACCUUUUUUUAUAACUUUUAAAGACCAAGUACCCAAUCUUUGUAAAAAUUCAUGUCACGUGAAGAAACUCUCACUUGACACACUGAUAGUCAGUAAAGAACAUUCACACAGUUAGUUAGGCUGGGAUUGAAUUGACUAACCAUAUGAAUGAAUACUAACCAUAUGAAUUUUCACUUCAAUGUUGUUAUAUGAGCGCUUACAAAAGUUCUUUAUUUAUCUCUACUUUGAGGUUUUACAUCUGUAGAUACUUUUAGACAAUGAAAGUUUGCCCCUUCAACAUUUCAAAAGAAAUAUUUUGAACUACAUUCAGACAAAUUGUAUGUAACUUGUCAAUACUAUCGAUAAUUAUGAAACAACUCCGCUUUGGUUAUACAAUUUUAUUGCUUUUGUACAAUUUUUAAUGUUAGAUUGGAUUUUGGACGAUAUUCGAUGGGCUUAAAAACUCGGCAAGUUUGAUUUUUUGUUCCGAUCCAACUGGUUGAAAUUAUACUUAUUGGAGUUCAAGAAAAAUGGUUCAAUUUGUUUGUUCAUUUAAUAUGUUUCAAGAGCACCUGACAAUGUACAAUAUUUUUCAAGUUACCAGUAUAUUUUCUCAUGAAUCCUGCAAUCUUUCUGCCAACGUCUAAAGUGAACAAAUAGUUUUAACAUUUUGACAUCAAUAAUAUGACUCCAGCUGUUUGAACAAUUUAAGAUUGCACAGACCUAUAAUAGUUUGAGAAUAGUUGAAAUCAGACUCUAAAGAAAUCUCCUCAAAUACUUUUGAUGGGCUGAACUGAAAUCUGACUUCAGAAUUGUUCCACUACUUCAGGAUUGAGCGAAAAGAACACAAGAUUUUUUGUUGUAUUCAAGUAAUUUUUUCACAUGAAACUCUGUAAAGCAUUCCAAAAUUUGACUUUCUCCUUGCCAUUUUUGAAGUUUUCCUGUUUUUUUUGGAGGUAAUAUGGUCAAUUGAAAUUCGGUAGAUUGUCAUUUUCUUUCAUUGCGAUAUUCAUAAAAUCUUGAAUGGAUCAAUCCCCAAAACCCUAAACCUCAUCAUAGAAUCUUGACCCCCAAACUUCAUGACGUGAAAACUCAAAAUUCAUUAUGUCAACAAAUGUUUGACGAGAUCUUUCAAUUGACAAAACUUUUUUGUUAAUAAGCUGAUUGUAAUAAAUGAAACACUAAAUAAUGAGCCAUUUUUGAGAUUUCAAACACACAUACAAAAAUUCUAUUGCGUUAAUGCCAAGACCCCCGAUAAUAUAAGACAAACCGGAAGAACUUUUUUCAAAAGAAUGAGAGACCAUAUAAGUAGUUUUUUGAAUGGAAAUUCCAACUUGACAAUUGCAAACCAUCUUUGACAGAGGGGCAGGAUUAUGACGUAUUAUGGGAAAGUAUAGUCAGGUUUCUGGUUCCUGAAAUUUGUUGACCUGUGAUGGAAUCCACCAAAAUAUAUUAAAUUGAAAACACCUACAGAGGUCCUUCAGAUAUCGUAAAAAAAAUGAAUGAAAAAUCAGUAUAGGUUCUAUUUGAGCUAGAGCAUCUGCAAACAAAGGAAUGUUAUCGCUUAUCCAACAGUUAGAACUGAUUGUCUAGAAGUUACUAGUUAGGAUGACUCUGUAUUUAAAAAAAAAGUAAAUACGAAAACACUCAUUCAUUUCCUGUACCCUUUACGUCCUAUCAGUGUUCUUUUUGUGGAUCGUCAAUUACAGAUAUUAAGUCCACUUGUUUUUUCUCAGGUAGCGUUUCAAAGAACGAUAAUUUAUGAGUUUAGUUGAUUGAAGGAUGAUCAUUACUUUUGUGUGAUUUGGAAUACUGUAUUAUAAAAAAUAUAGCGGCAUUGAAAUUUUGUCUACUUAUUCGAAGAAGUAGUUUCUCCAAAAGAGAUUGCUUUGAUUAUUUGUUUGUGAAAAACUGUCAUUGUGUUGACGUGUUCUAUUCCAAAGUACUUCAUAGUAAUGGGUUAUCACCAAGGUGUAUAUAGUAGUUAUAGAGGUUUACUUUGAAAAAAUAAAUUUGUAGUUUUUGAUACAGGACCAUAUAAAGAUGAGCUGAGAAAGAAUUUUGUUUUAAAUUUUAAUUUCUCUUCGAACUCAUGAAUCAUAAUUUAAACUUGGAGUGAAAAGAAAGACUAGUCGUUACUUCGGUGUUUUGACAUCUUUUCUCUCUAUUUUUUGUUCGGUUUAUUUUUCAGAAAACAGGAUUGUUUCUUUGGCUUAAUUUGGUUUUUAACAGCAGAAUAUAAAAAAAAAUGAAUAUCAAAUGGUACACUUGUAAUGAUAUUGGGCAAGACAAUCAAUAAUGGAAAGAUUCAUUUGAUUAGUAUGGCCUGAUGGAUAGUCCACUUGAUCUUUGGAGAUUUGCGGUAUUGACCCACAUUUGGGUUUUUUUAUUUGGUUGCAAAUGUAUUCUUGAAUGACAUAGGGAGAUAGUGUGAAGCUUUUACGGUCAUGUUCCAUGAUAUUGUCUUUUCUUGGGAUUGUCGACAGUCCUUUAUGCCGGGAAAGAAUGUUGGGAAACAAACCAGAGAAAUGACAAUAAAUAGUGAUAAGUAAGUUUGAAUAUUUUUUCUAAUUUGGUUGUAUUUUUUUUUAAAUAGACGUUUAAUUCGAAAACUUGAAUUUUUAAUAUAAACACAUACACUAAACCAGUUGUAUAGUAUAAAUAAUUCUAUCAUAUUUACACAAAAUUGAUUCCCCCAUUAUGGUGCACUAGUUUUUUUUAAUCUUUACUAUCACACUCAUGUUCAGCCAAUGUAAUCAUUUAAUUCACUUUAUCGUUUUGAAAUUUUUCUGUUGUGAAUCCCUGACUGGAUAUAUUUCUGCCAUGAUAACAAAAUAAAGUGUUCAGUUUGUAUUAGAAAUAUAAAAAAUGUGCCUUAUAUAUCCUUUUGGGGAAUUCAUUAUUACUAAUAUGCUAGUAGUUUUGAGGAAAAAAUGUUUUUGGUCGUGAUAUAUAAUUAGAUUAGAAAAAAUAGAUAAGUGUAAUCGUCUUUUUGUGGCAUGAUACUAGAGGGUUAUACAAAGGCUAAUGAAAGAUACAACUACCCAAAAUGUAUUCACUUGAAAAAUAUAUUUCAAGGAGUAGGUGA